AUGAUGGGGGGCGCACCAGGUGUGGGCGGAUUUGCAUCCCCGCCCCCCUCAACACCGGGGUUGCAAUACGCAGGCCCUCCAGUCUCAACACAGUCAGCAUUCGCCUCUCCUCCGCCCAGUGUGGGACUACAACAUUCGAACACUUUCCCCACUGCUCGAUCCUCGGCCCACAGCCCUGGAGUGCCUGUCCCUUCAUACCCGCAGUCGUUCGUCGGCGGGCAGGGAGCCCAACAGUACAGCACAAGCCGGUCAGGCUCAAUGUCCUUCGCCCCGCCGCCGCAGGAUCCGAAUGCCCAUCUAUAUGACCAUCAGGUUUAUGGGGCUGCCCAGGCCCAGGCCCAGUCGCCACCCCAGUAUCAGCCUGGAUCGGCGGUGCCGGUAGGUGGGUUCUCGAACUACUCCUAUGACCAGACUCAGGUGCAACAGCAGCAGCAGCAACAACUACAACAGCAACAACUACAACAGCAACAUCAGCGUGCUGGCUCUGAAUAUGAUAUCCAUAGCCAGUUGUAUAGACCCACUGAGGUGGAGGCUAGCUCUCACCAUCAGAAAUAUGCACAGAAGGCCAUGAAGAACCCUGGACAACGGCCUAGGAAAAUGGAGGAUAGAGCAGAGCGGUUGGAAGGCGGUAUGAAUAGGUUUUUGAAGAAGCUCGAGAGGAAACUUUGA